GUCGUACGAGUGGGUGCUGACUGCCGUGGUAAGAAACUAAACCCUCUUCGUCGUUUCGUUCUAAUGCUGACCGAAGCUCAGAAGCUAUAGUCUUUAACCGCAGAAUCUUUAUUCAUGUCGGCCGUUUUCCGAUCAGCUCACCGGCAGUUUCAAUCAUAUUACAGUAAAAUCCUCACACGUCGAUUAUGGCAACGCCAUUGUUCGCCUUCACGAACCACCACAACCUCAGCAUCGCACUUUACCAGGCCAUUUGUUUCCGCCGCCGUUCCCAAAUCUCCCUUCGACGCCAUCACUCUCAGAGUACUUCGUAAUGAGAUAGAGUACCAGUCCAAUUACGCUCCUCCUCAUCAGCCUGCAACGACGUUCAAUUCAUUUACGGUUGAAGAUCAUCCUGGAAUGCAAUGGAUUACACUGAAAGGGAAAUUUAAGGACACUGAAGAUAUUAAAAUUGAAGCGACGAUGUUUGAUGGCUGUGAAUCUGUUCCCAAAUUUGGAGACGAUAGCGAUGGUGAAGAAGAGCUCCGUCUUCAUAUUAGCGUGCUUGUUGACAUUUCGAAGGGAGAUGGUUCUGAAGAUUUGGAGUUCGUUUGCUCAGCAUGGCCUGAUUCUUUGGAUGUUCAGAAACUAUAUGUACUUAAACGAGAUAGAAUGCUUGCAAGUCAUUAUAUGGGGCCUGAUUUUAGGAAAUUGAGUGGUGCAAUUCAGAAAAAAUUUCGGGAGUUCUUAGCAGAAAGGGGGAUAGAUAAGGAGCUUGCUGUAUUUCUGCAUGAAUACAUGAUGAACAAAGACAGAUGUGAACUUAUUCGAUGGUUGAAAACUGUCGAGUCUUUUGUGGAAAGAUAAAUCAUACGCUUCUUCUGCACCAUCAAACAUAGUUCUUUCCUUUUUAAGGUAUUCAAGAUUAUGUUUUCUUCCUUUUUUUAUAAUCUGAUGCUAACCAUUGUUUAUCAAUCACGAUUAAUUUUAACAUAUGCAAAGUUAUUUUUUUAUUUUCAA